CUUGGAAAGAUAAUUCGCGCGGUCUGCACUUCCACAGGAACAAACAAGAAAGACUCUGCGUCAACGCGCUCGCAUAUCCUUAAAAGCUAAAAAUUAAAGCUUUUUCACAAAGCUGAGGAGACGCUGAAGGGACUCGGCAGUGCCAACUCGUCGCGGGAGGAUUAUCAAGGAAAAUGUUUUCGCCCAAGACGAUUGUUCUUUUCUUCGCCUUGUUCAUCGCAUCAGGGCAGGCGCUGGAAUGCCACACGUGCAAUUCUCAGAAUGACCCUGGAUGCGCCUUUGAAAAAUUCAACCCCAAACAAUCGACGAACCAGCACAAGAAAUGCGAAGAUUCCUUCAAACACACCUUCCAACAAACCCAGGCCAUCCUCUUCCCGACGUACCACGACUUCCCGGUCGAAAGACUCAUGGUCAACAAUAAAUCCACGGACGCCUGCAUUAAAUACACCGUCACUGACGCGCAGACAAAGAAGUCGGUGACCUUCCGAGGUUGCUCCGUCCUGGGAGACCACUCGUGCACCCUCACGCAGAGUUUGAUAACAACAGCAGGAGGAAUUUCCGAUCACUGCCAUCAAUGUGCGAACAAGCAAUACUGCAACGACGCAAACAGCAAAGUUCCAUUCGUCUCUGCCGUUUUCAUGGCUGCGGUCGCCUUGGUGCUCUCAAUCAAAUUUUAAUUAAAAAAAAAAUUAUUUUAUAUUUGAAAAAAUCAAUUUACUUUCAAAACUUCUUUCUUUAAGUGAUUAUAAAAUAAUCACUUAAAAUAUAAAAUCAAAUUAAAAUUUUUUUAAAUUAAAUAAAAUUUAUUUCCCAUUAAAUAAUUUAUAGAUUGCUGCAAAAAGCAGAUUAUCUUCCUGAGAGUCCUGAGCACCAAAAUUAAAUUACUUACAAUAUGAUAUUCAUUAAUAAACUGAUUAUUAUGAAAUAAUAAAAAGAUCUUCUGACAGAAUUGAAUGAA